AUGAGGAUUGUGGAGAUUAUUAUCGACGGCUUCAAGUCGUACGCCGUUCGAACGGUCAUCUCAGGAUGGGACGAGUCGUUCAAUUCCAUCACCGGUUUAAACGGUAGUGGAAAAUCCAAUAUUCUCGAUGCCAUUUGCUUCGUCCUCGGUAUUACGAAUAUGAGCACGGUGCGAGCGCAAAACCUCCAAGAUCUCAUUUAUAAGCGCGGCCAGGCCGGUGUCACCAAAGCCAGUGUGACCAUCGUAUUCGAUAAUCGCGACAAAGCCAAGUCGCCAAUUGGCUUUGAGGAAUAUGGCAGUAUAUCGGUAACGCGCCAGAUCGUUCUCGGCGGUACUAGCAAAUAUUUGAUCAACGGUCAUCGCGCGCAACAACAGACCGUUCAGAAUUUGUUUCAGAGUGUACAGUUGAAUAUCAACAAUCCGAACUUUUUGAUUAUGCAAGGUCGCAUUACGAAAGUGUUGAAUAUGAAGGCUGUUGAAAUUCUGUCGAUGAUUGAAGAAGCUGCUGGUACCCGAAUGUUCGAGGAUAGGAAAGAAAAGGCGGCGAAAACCAUGGCCAAGAAGGAGAUGAAAGUCCGCGAAAUUGAAGGACUUCUCAACGAAGAAAUCGAACCCAAACUCGAGAAACUUCGCGGCGAAAAGCGUGCUUUCCUCGACUUUCAACAGACACAAAACGACGUUGAGCGUCUAACUCGUUUAGUGGUCGCUCACGAUUAUGUGAAGAGCAAGGAUCGACUUAAAGUUGCUGGUGAAGAAUAUGACGCCAAGAAACAGAAGAUACAGGAUCUUGAAGAUAAUGCGACAAGGCUCAAGACUGAGAUUACUCAUCUCGAGGAAGAUGUUCAGCGUGUCAAGGCUGUUCGGGAAAAGGAACUGCGUAAAGGUGGCAAGUUCCAAGCUCUGGAAAAUGAGGUUAAAGAAAAUUCGCACGAAUUGGUUCGAUUAGCUACAGUUUUUGAGUUGAAAAAUGCCAGCAUGGCAGAAGAAAAAGAGAAAAGGAAGGCMAGCCAAAAGAGUGUCACCGAACUCGAGAGAUUGCUCAAGGAGAAGAGGAGAGUCUACGAGAAACUUCAAGCUAAAUACGAUACAGCGAAAGCCGAAUUCGACGCUCAAACCGCAGAAGUAGAGACAAAGGAAGAAUUGCUUCAGACACUGCAAACUGGUAUUGCAUCCAAGGAAGGCCAGGAGAAUGGCUAUCAGGGUCAACUUCAAGACGCGCGUAACCGAGCAAGCGCUGCUUCAACAGAACAGGAGCAGGCUAAGCUCAAAGUGACGCAUCUUGAAAAGAGAAUUAAGGAAGAGGAACCUCGUGCCAAAAAGGCAGCAGAACAGAACUCAGGUCUUUUGAAAGAUUUGGAGUCGUUACGAGGACGAGCGAGUAAACUGGAUGCCGAAAUGGCCAAGCUAGGAUUCGAGCCUGGUAAAGAGGAAGAGAUCUAUCAAGAGCAAUCAAAUCUCCAGCGCGCCAUCAGAGAGCUCCGAGAAAGAGCGGAUGGGAUGAAUAGGAAAGUAGCGAACCUUGACUUUUCCUACUCCGACCCACACCAAGGCUUUGACCGAUCGAAGGUUAAAGGUCUUGUUGCACAAUUGUUCACAUUGGAUAAGGAAAAGACCCAUGCGGGCACGGCUCUUGAGAUCUGCGCCGGUGGACGACUGUACAACGUGGUUGUUGAUUCCGCAGAGACUGGUUCCCAAUUGCUUCAGAACGGCAAGCUUCGCAAGCGUGUAACCAUCAUUCCAUUGAACAAAAUUUCAGCUUUCAGAGCCUCGGCCGAAAAGAUUGGAGCUGCGCAGAGGUUGGCGCCAGGAAAAGUUGACCUUGCCUUAUCGCUCAUUGGAUAUGAUGACGAAGUAUCUGCAGCCAUGAACUACGUCUUUGGUUCCACUCUUAUCUGCGAAGAUGCACAAACCGCAAAGACGGUCACAUUCGACCCAAGUGUUCGGUUAAAGAGUGUCACCUUGGAGGGAGAUGUGUAUGAUCCAUCAGGAACACUUUCUGGUGGUAGCUCACCAAACUCAAGUGGUGUGCUUGUAGUCCUUCAAAAGCUACACGAAAUUAAUAGAGAACUACGAAGCAAAGAGCGGCAAUUGGCUACUCUGCAAGAGACUAUGGCAAAGGAGAAGAAGAAGCUGGACGCUGUGCGGUCUUUGAAACAAGAGCUUGAUCUCAAGAAUCACGAGAUCAAACUGACAGAGGACCAGAUCAACAGUAACAGCUCAUCUUCGAUUAUCCAAGCAGUCCAAGAGAUGAAGGAACAAAUAGAGCAACUGAAGAAAAAUAUUGCCGAUGCGAAAGCCCGACAUGCAGAAGCUCAGCAAGACAUCAAGCGAAUCGAAAAAGACAUGAAGGAAUUUGACAACAAUAAGGAUGACAAGCUAGCCGAGCUUCAAACGUCACUCGAUACGUUGAAGAAGAGUCUUAACAAGAACUCCAUUGCUGUCAAAACUCUGCACAAGGAGCUCCAAGCUUCGCGUCUUGAGUCUGAACAGGCCGGAAGUGACCUUACUGCUGCAGAGGAACAGUUGGCUGAAGCUGACGGUGCCAUGCAAGCUCAGGUUGAGGAGAUCGAAACACUCAAAAAAGAACAAACCAGGAUCAAGGAUGCCCAUGAUAUUGCACAAGCUCAGCUGGAAGAGGAGCAAGCCAAACUGACCAGCUUCGACGACGAGUUGGGUGAUCUCGAGCAAGCAAUCCGAUCCAAAAAUGCCCGCAUCACUGAGGAAGGCUUAGAGAUGCAAAAGCUUGGACAUCAACUCGAGAAACUUCACAAAGACCAACAAGCAGCAGCCCAGAUGGUUGCAAACAUGGAGGGCGAGCAUGAGUGGAUCGAGGAAGAAAAGGACAGCUUUGGCCGCCCGAAUACUCCUUAUGAUUUCCGAGGCCAGAAUAUUGCAGAGUGCAGAUCUACUUUGCGAAACCUGACGGAACGUUUCCAGGGAAUGAAGAAGAAGAUCAACCCUAAGGUCAUGAAUAUGAUCGACAGUGUCGAGAAGAAGGAAGUCGCCCUAAAGAACAUGAUGAGAACAGUCAUUCGUGAUAAGAACAAGAUUGAAGAGACCAUUAUCAAUCUAGACGAAUACAAGAAAGAGGCGCUGCACAAGACAUGGAGCAAGGUCAAUGGAGACUUUGGUCAGAUCUUCGCCGAGUUGCUUCCUGGCAGUUUUGCCAAGCUUGAUCCUCCAGAGGGUAAAGAGAUUUCUGAUGGUUUGGAGGUCAAGGUCUCUCUAGGAAAGGUCUGGAAGCAGAGUCUUACUGAGCUCAGUGGUGGUCAACGUUCGCUCAUUGCUCUGUCACUUAUCAUGGCUCUUCUCCAAUUCAAACCGGCUCCGAUGUACAUUCUUGACGAGGUUGAUGCCGCUCUCGAUUUGUCACAUACGCAAAACAUUGGACGUCUAAUCAAGACGCGCUUCAAGGGCUCCCAAUUCAUUGUCGUCUCGCUCAAGGACGGCAUGUUCCAGAAUGCCAACCGGAUCUUCAGGACGAGGUUUAGUGAAGGCACCAGUGUUGUGCAGGCAUUAACGCCGGCGGACAUGAAGUGA